AUGCGAGCUCGUACCACUUCGGCCAUUGGGCUAAUCCUCACGCGACCGUCUUCGACCUCCGUGUGCUCACAAUGUCUUCGUGAAGACCUCCCCUCAACGCAUAUCCUCAUUCAAUCCCGAAAAUACCAUCCAACUUGCCGCAAGGAUGGUCCACCAUUUAGUGCGGCCCUGUCGGCCGCACAAGCUAUCUUAAAGGGUAUGCCGAAGGCUCCCUCCGGCAUCUCUGUUGACCCGUUGCGCAUGGUGGGCAAGGAAUUGAAGUUUCUCAGCAAAAAUAUCCGCCAAUUAUUGGGCUCAGGCCAUCCGGCCUUGGAUAAUGUGGCUAAAUACUAUACCCGCAGCGAGGGCAAACACAUGCGUCCGAUGCUGGUUCUGCUCAUGUCCCAGGCGACGGCCUUGGACCCCCGGAAGCAAGCCCAUACCGCGAGACCGAACCCUGUCGAUAAUCCUCUCAGUUCCCCAUCCAUCCUCGAUGACUCUAAUCCGGAUAUCAACCCCUUGGUAUCCCGGAAUGCGGAAGCUAAGUACGACAUAAUCGGUGACGACAAUAUCCUUCCUUCGCAACGCCGUCUAGCUGAAAUCACCGAGCUAAUCCAUACCGCCUCCCUCCUCCACGACGACGUUAUUGAUAAUGCGGUGACCCGCCGUGCCAAUAGCUCAGCCAACUUGGCAUUCGGAAACAAAAUGGCUGUACUAGCAGGUGAUUUUCUGCUCGGUCGUGCCUCGGUGGCUUUGGCCCGGCUGCGCGACCCGGAGGUUACCGAGCUGAUGGCUACUGUGAUUGCCAAUCUGGUAGAGGGCGAAUUCAUGCAGCUGAAGAAUACGGCUGAUGACGAGUCUAACCCACGAUACACGGACGAGACCUUGAACUACUAUCUGCAAAAGACCUACCUCAAGACCGCCAGUCUGAUCAGCAAAUCGUGUCGUUCUGCUGCUGUCCUUGGUCGUAGUGCGCCCGAGGUCAUCGAGGCUUCUUACGCCUAUGGCCGCAACCUGGGCCUAGCUUUCCAGCUUGUGGACGAUAUGUUGGAUUAUACUGUUACCGAGGCCGAGCUAGGAAAACCUGCUGGAGCAGAUUUGGAGUUGGGUUUGGCUACUGCCCCACUACUCUUUGCUUGGAAGAGCAACCCGGAACUUGGAGCUUUAGUUGGCCGUAAAUUUCGCGAAGAAGGCGAUGUACAAAAGGCCCGCGAGAUUGUCUAUCAUAGCGAUGGCGUGGAACAAACUCGUCGACUAGCCCAGGAAUACGCGGAUAAGGCAGUUGAUGCAAUCAGUGACUUUCCUGAGAGUGAGGCUAAGACCGGCUUGAUCGAUAUGUGCGACAAGACCAUGCGGCGACGGAAAUAA